AAAUCAAACCAUUGCAAUAAAGUGCAUUGACCAACCUGCUGCUGCUACCGACCGACAUCAGCAGGGAGCAAGUCAGUUUAGUAAAUGUUUGCUUCCGUGUUUGUAGUUUAAAGUGACUAGCACCGCGACCGCGAUGCAAUCGGAAUUGUUUUGCCAUCUAAUCAUCUAAAAUGGCGUCGCUGUUUAUCAAUUAGAUUGGUGUAUGUGGACGUUGCUCAGUGAUCACAUCCGAGUGAGUCAUAAACCGACAUAGCAAUGACAUUUUUAUAGCACGCAGUGAGUAUACGUUUAAAACGUCGUGAGGAAGACUGGCUAGUGUGAAGAACAAACAUAAUAAUGCGCGAAUUUAAAGUGGUUGUCCUGGGUUCGGGUGGGGUCGGGAAGAGUGCUUUGACUGUGCAAUUUGUGUCCGGAUGUUUCAUGGAGAAAUAUGACCCAACGAUAGAGGAUUUUUAUAGAAAAGAAAUAGAAGUGGACAAUUCACCAUGUGUUUUAGAAAUAUUGGAUACUGCAGGUACGGAGCAAUUUGCUUCGAUGCGAGAUUUGUACAUAAAAAAUGGCCAAGGUUUCGUUGUAGUAUAUUCAUUAACGAAUCACCAGACGUUUCAAGACAUCAAGCCUAUGAAGGAAUUGAUAACACGUGUAAAAGGAUCAGAACGCGUGCCCAUCCUCCUAGUAGGCAACAAAGCGGACUUAGAUCACCAACGCGAAGUGUCAGCGGCGGAGGGCGCGGCGCUGGCGCAGAUGUGGGGCUGCCCGUUUGUGGAGGCCUCUGCCAAAAGCCGCACUAAUGUCAAUGAAAUGUUUGCAGAAAUAGUGCGCGAAAUGAACGUUAGUCCUGAAAAGGAAAAGAAACCUUAUUGUUGUUGUACAGUGCUUUAAUAUUUAGAGUGUAAUGUGGCAUUUAUUUCUCGUAAGACUGCAAGGGCGAGGCGGGAUUCCGUCCGUCUCGGCUCGACGGCCGGUCGCCUCCAGUGGGGAGGUCUGCGGCGACGCGCCGGCCCCGGCCGAUGGAACCUCGGCGGCCGUGUUGCGCGUCAUAUCAUGUUGUUAAUAUCUUUGAUACAUACCAUUGUCCAAUCGAGGUGCUUUAUCUUAUAUUUUCAUACUUUAGUACUGGUAGAUACUCCCGCAGUAACCAUUAUCAUAUAAAUGAGCAAAGUAUCCUUGUUGGGAAGCAUUCAUAGUGCGAAGGACAAUCAUGAAAUGCUUGAUUUUGUUCAUCAUAAACAAAAGAUGCAUGCAAGAGCUGUGUCAGUCUAAACAAAAACAUGUAUUGUAAAGUAAUGUUAGUCAACUUUGUAUAUAAUUUCAUGAGAUUAAUGAUGUCUGAAGACAAGGGCGGUUUAGAUAAUUAAAAAGCCAUCCAAAUAAUAUGCAAUAAACUUAAUUGUGUAUUGUGAGUGCGAUGUAAGAGUUUAUACCUAAGUCAAGUCGCAGAUUGUGUUUUAUUGUGUAAAUUAUGUUUAUAUGAGAAAUCAAUAAUCAAGGAAAUACAGUAAGAAUUGUCAGUUGCGUGAUUGUGUUUUUAAAGUCUACCAGGAUUUGUGAUAAUACAUAUAACAAAAUAUCUAUAAUAAAAGUUUUAAGUGGGAGAUUAACAA